GCCAAUCUGUUCUACUCAAGCAAAGCAUCUCUCGGCUCUUGAUCGCAUUUCUUCUCUGAAUUAGCAGUGUGAAGAAGCAGAAGCUCGGCAUAUCCGUUUUUCCAAGCUGCCCUAGCUUGUCUGCUGUGAAGGUGACGGGACAAUAGGGAUCUUGGACUGAUGGGUUAGACUUGCCAAAUCUGUUGCUGCUUUUCUAUUCUGGUCUUCCCAGAGAAAUUUAUUCACCAUGAAUCCUCAUCGGUUUAAGAUUGGUUGAAUUUGCUACUAGUCUUCUCUCUUGAUCGUUCGUUUGAGGAAUUCAUCAUGAAUAAUGAUCUUCGCACGGAGUACAUUUUCGCAAGAGAUGUUGAUGGCGCAGUAGAGGAAAUAUUUCAAUUUCUUCAGAACGAGAGCGACACAAAGGUCAUCCAUUUUUAUGGUUGGGAUGGGUUUGGGUCGUCCGUUGUUCUUAGAUCGAUAGCAGAAGUGCUCCCAUCUAGGAGAACCACUCCAGAACUAUGCUUUGACAGAAUAAUUUAUGUAGAUUGCUCUGAGUGGAAAAAUAGAAGAGCAGCGCAGAGGGCAAUUGCAGAGGAACUGGAACUUGAUCCCUCAGCAAUGGCCAUUCUAGAUGAGCAGGAUGAAGAGGAUGAUUUUAAUAAAGUUGCUGAAAGCUCGAGGAAUGAGUUAAGCAAUGUCGGGCAACUGAUUCAUCAAACCCUGAGGGACACCAAGUUGAUGAUGGUUUUUCUUAAUGGAAGUGAUGAAGAGGUUGAUGUAGGCACCUUUGGCAUUCCUCUUACAAGAUUUGACAGCAAUGUAAUGAUUUGGACCUUCAGCAGAAGAUGCUUGACCAUUGAUUCGGACCCUUACAAGGUAGGAGGCAAGCUUAGAUAUACUCAUGCUUUGCUUCGUACCUUUUGUUCUCUCACAAUGCUAAGGAGGGCAGAGUUUCUUGGACUGCUGCAUCAAAAAGUUGCUACCAUAGUUGCUCGCAAUCCAUUUGUACUAAAACUCGACCCAACAAUGGUAGUAGAUUGUUGUCUCUACGAGUUAUUCCUGCAUUGUAGUUUCCACACCAUCACCGAAUAUAAAUGGGUUGGUCAUGCUUCCAACUUUUGGAUAUGCGAUGGAAUCAUACAAGGAAACAUAGCAAGGGAUAUAAGUAAUUCUUUAGAUAGAGAGAUACACUGGGAGUGUGAUUCAUCAUCGGGUCGUUGUCUGCUUUAUCACUUCAUGCCAUGCCGUUGGACAUCAAUACAUCCAGAUAAUAUACAAGAACAUGAAUACGAAGAACUACCCGUGGAAACAUCAUCUAUCUUCUUGACAUUUACAAGUUCUCGCAGACCAGUGUUUUCAAAUGGUGCUUUUGAUUAUUACAAGAACCUUGGUGUGCUAAUCAUCAGUUGUUGUGCCUUCAGUUUUGCAUCACCUCCUUUCCAGAAGUGUGAUUCUCUAAGAUUCCUCGGAUUGGACCAUUGUAUAGAUAGUGAAACAGGUAAAGGAGAUGAGACUGCAGAGUGGGCAUGUAUACAUAGCUUAUUGGUGUUGGACCUACGUUACACAGAAUGGAAUGAAGUCUUAUCUGAAGAAAAGCUGGAUCUCAUGACUAAUAUCAGAGAGCUAAACAUAGAAGGGGUCAGGGGAUGGCAGUACACAGCUAACCUACAAUAUCGGCUACCUAACCUCCAGAGGUUCCGAAUAAUCAAACCAACAUAUCAAUGGAAGACAUCAGGGGAUUUUGAUAACUCUUUUAUAGAUAAGACAAGUAUGGAAAUACUCGACUUGUCAGGCAACAGUGACAUGCAAUGUCUUCCAACAAGCCUAUCGGAGGCAAGUAGCCUUCGGUUGCUUGUACUUGAUGGUUGCAGUGGGCUGGAAAACGUUGAAAGACUUCCUUCCUCCCUGGAAUCCUUUAGCUUCAACGGACAUGGGCCAGCUUCUCGAUGGACACAAACUGUUGAGCUACCUCCGACACAAUUCCAGCCGUCCACCACAACAGAUAAUAAGGAUGUUAGAGUGUCUAACAUCUCCUUACAAGGUUGCAGUCAAUUGAAGAACCUGUUUUUGUGUUGGUUACCCAACCUCGUGGAAUUGGACCUCUCUGAAACUGCAAUCAAGGUACUUGACUUCAAUACUAUGUUGGUGCAAGUCCCAGGGCUCAAGCGAUUGUUUCUAAUAGGAUGCAAGGGACUUCGUGCAAUAAUUCCGUUGGCCGAGAGUGGUUCUGAGAUAAAACACGACCUGGAGUUGAUGUGCAUAGACACGCGAGUUGGAAUCGUGUGUUCUCGGCCAUCUGUCAGCAGGACCAAGUCGUUCCGGUUCAAAUUGCAUGUCGUUGCUAUGGAUGCAAGGCUUACUCGCUCUUUGAUGGAUCUGUUGUUGCCUUAUGUACAAAAAGGUUUAAUGAAGGAUGUUUCUUAUAACAUCCAUGUCACCUCCUUACCUGUGAACAAUGGAGUUGAUCAAUUUGAGGCAACCAGGAAGAAUAAAGUUGACCCCGGUGAUCAAGAGAGCUUGCAACAGCUUAUUCCAGCAGACACGUAUAGUGAUGUCCUUACAAUGGUUGGUAGUCCCCCGAUGCAGGAUUUCCCGCAGCCUCCAACGACUACGCAGCUGGAGCAACAUAUGGAGAUUGCUACAGGAAGCUGCUAUGUGCAAAGCGAACUGGACAGAGGACUAGCGAGCUACUAUGCUAAAUCCCUGCAUGUGCAUGACGUAUGGAUACGUGCCUUGAGUGGUGUUCCUGGUUGGUCUGACAAGUAUAUGAUACGUUAUGGGUUUAACUCCCUUAAGUGGUGCUGCGUGGAGAGGUGCCCAAAGUUGGAUGUUUUCUUCCAUUUACAGAUGCAUGGAUUUAAUGAUCUGGAGAUCUUCUGGGCGUCGGAUCUCCCAAUGGCCCACUGGAUAUGGAAGAUUUGGAGUAAACCUCUACCUCUUAACUAUAUAAGCCCCAGUUCCUUUAGAGACCUACAGCACCUACACCUGAGGUCCUGCCCAAGCCUCCAGUUGGUGCUCCCGGUGUGGGUCUCCUCCUUCCCCAACUUGAAGACCCUCCACAUCAUCCAUUGUGGCGACCUCAUGCACGUCUUCGAGCUGAGCACAAAAUACCCAGAGGAAAUAGUCACCCUCGGUGUUCUAUUCCCCAGACUGACCACCAUCCACCUGCACGACCUCCCGAAGCUUCAGAAGAUAUGCGACUUCAAGAUGGUAGCGCCCGCACUCGAGAGCAUCAAGAUUAGGGGAUGUUGGAGUUUGCGUAGGUUGCCAUCCGUGGGCGCCCGUGGCCAAGGCGAGAAGAAGCCGGCGGUCGAGGUCGAGAAGGACGUGUGGGGCGCUCUGGAGUGGGACGACGACCACAGCCCCGACCACUUCGAACCGCCGGUCCACUCCCGCUACUACAAGGAGAAGCUGCCCAAGAUCUCCGUUCUGAGGUGAACUCUGCGCUGCUGUGUUAAUUUCUUCCGUCGCUACAUCAAAACGAUGGAUGGGUGCUCCUGCUUCUGCUGCUGAAGCGAGUGCUUGGUUUGCUUGUGUGCUUUGCUUGGAUUGCCAAUGCCUGUUGUGGGAGCUUAUGGUGGCUCUCACCUUGUGUUAUAUUGUGGCUUUCAGUAACAGACGGACAGCCGGCUAUGUGUGUGCCUGCAUACACAGACCUGGCCGUUGCGCGCGCCUGUGUGUGGUUUGCGACUGCAACGGCUUAUGUGUGUGCAUCCACCAGGCUGCAUUUGUGUGUGUGGCUUUAAUGAGUGCUUGCUUGCUAUGCGUGUGGAAUUGUAACAGCUGCCUGCCUAUGUAUCUCUACAUGGCUAGCUGCUUGUGAGUGUGUGAGUGUUUGCCAUGUAUUAUCUGAACUUGUGUGUCUGUUUCUUUGCUAUACUUAUGAAAAAAAUUGAAAAAGC